CGGAUGCAUGUAAGCGACGUUUGUCGUCGCGCUGUCCACCUUUCUCUAUUUCUUUCUCUUUCUCUUUUUUCCUCCAUCACUCCUCUCUGUCUCUCUCUCUCUCUCUCUGGUUCUCCCGCUACUUAUUCUCUGUCAUUCAACUCUCGCGGACGCUGCGUCCCUCUUUCUCUCGAACUCUUAUUCUCUCUCUCUCCCCCCUCUCCUCCCCCUCUCUCGCCCUCACCUUUUGUUCUCUCUGUUCUUUGGAUAUAUGUAAACGUAAUCGCGUCUCUCAUGUGCUGCCUUGGACAGCAUUGACGAGCGAAUGCGCCGUAAGCGCGUAAACGGAAGCAAACGAGUCCUAGAAGGACCUGGACGUGAGUUGAUCUUUCGGGCAUGAGUCGAUUUGGGAUAAUAAAAAGUCCAGCGUAUGUCGAUAUAUAGCGCAGGGUUGGGAAGCAGCUGAGAACCGAUAAGAAAACCCGGUGUAAACAGAGGAGAGUGAGGCCAUUUUUCGAGAGAAAGGGAGACAGAAAGAGUGGGAAGCGAGAAAGGGAAACACGCGAUCGAGCAGUACUCCCUCGCGCCAAAAGAGAUUCACUCGCGUGAUAUUAACUUCUCUCGCUGGGGAAAGUCGUCGCGAGUAGCAUUCCUGGCUCGCUGAGAUUUUCCUCUCGCCGCGCCGCGCCGCGCCGCGCGCCGCGCCGAUCUUCGUCCGAUCGAUGUCGUGCGCGAUUCGCGACGAUCGACAAGUUUGAACUCGACGAAAUUGGAUGACAACCGAAUCGGAGUGACUAAAAGGUGAAAAAGACAGUGGACAGGGGACGCCGUGGAGCAACAAUAUCGGUACUAGACGGUGAGAAGAGAAGAACGAAGAAGAACGCUCAACAGAAUGCUCGACUUCGAACAACAGGCCAAUCAGACACAGGCACUGGCCUCGCUCGAUGACGACUGGCACCUGCUCGAGGAUUCUAAAAUGAGAUUGGAAGAGGAUCUGGUGAUCCGCAGGAGCCGACCCACAAUGAUCUCCGCCAAAUAUCGCGCCCGCGAGGAACGCCGCCGUCUGCUCAAGAUUUCUGCCGGCAAGCUGAGGAGAAUCGAGGACCCCGAAGCGAGCCUGUGCCGAUCGGUUCUCAUAAAUAACGCGGUACGACGGUUGCAGCGUGAAAAUCGAGACGAGAAAACACGGAGUUACGGUACCCUCCCAGUGGUGGCAUCGUACAUGGACGACGCCAGCAAGGAGAAUAACAUCGCCGGGAGCCUCAUUGCCGACGUAACGGAUGAGGAAACCUCCUCUAAGAAAAGGUUGGCCGACGAUUCGAGAAACGACGGACUCAAUUCCAAGCGGCAUAGACACGAUGACUUGGACUUGCAGGACGACGUAUUCAGUGACUUCUACAUCUUGCCGCCGACGCCACGUUUGCUCUCGCACAUCGAUGAGAUUCAGCCAGAAUCAGCAUCGCAUCACAACGGCAAUCACCAUCUGGACUUCCCGGAGGACCGCCUGAGCAGUGGCGUGGCUGACGUGCGGUCGAACGGCACGAUCAUCAGCACGAGCACCUCCGCAAUGACUAACGGCAACGGCGUCGAUAGCACGAGCUGCCAUUCCAUGCUCUUCCCCGUCGUCGGAGACCUCGACGACGCGAGCGUGCAACUCUCGAGAUCGGGAACCGAUAUGAUGGAAGUGACCGACGUCGAUCCCGAUCGGCUUUGCGACUUUUCCAGAUUCGCCGACUCGGCAAAGACGCUGGAGGAACGACUGGCCGAGCUGCAAUCCUUGGACGAGCAUUUUGAUCUCACCAAGUUCGAGCGCAACAACAACCAGAGUUGCGGCCGCGCCUUCCAUGACAUACAGACCUUCCACAGUCUGGUGCCGGGCCUGGAAACCUAGACGGCGAUAUCGUGUCUCGAGCCAACGGUGUUACGGGACGCCAAUGGCGACGGUGAUGCCGACUUUGCGGCACACAGAAUCGCCUUGACGAGGAGUCGAGCGUGUGAACCCAUCGUUCGCCUUAUCCUCGUAGCUUAUCCACAUGCGUCCGUAGAUGAAAACCGCGUGCGUCGAACGAUGCCGAUGCGUAAAGUACUAUGAAACAUUUCUUACCGUGGGCAAACAAAACAGAUGGGCAAAAUUUUCUAUCUUGGAUAGCGUGCUAUUUAUCUAUUAACAUUAGACUCGCGACAUAAGUUUUAAAACAACUUGCAAAAAGAAUUUAGAGAUAUCCACAUUUUACUUUAAACGGUUGAACUACAAAACGUUACAUUUUGACGACAAAAAGUUACAUUUCAAAGUGGGACGAAAAUAACAUAUCUGCCGUCCUAAUGCUCAUGAGAUUUAAAAAUGCAGUCGAUUCGUUAUUAACAUCCUUAAUUCAACGUCGGAAUUGUAAUUGAAAGUUUCAGCUUCAUUUUUUACUUUAAAGAUUCAAAUUUGUAUAUUUAGUUACUACGUGGAUUUUUUUUGUAGUAAAUAU